UCGCUCCAGCCCUGUGCAAUCUAUUUAUUUAUUUUUAUUUUUUUAUAACAAGUUGUGCUGAACCGGACAAGAAGGAACAUAUAACGCGUUUGACAGUGGGAAGAAUACACAUAUACCGCUUUAUAUACACAGGGUUUAAUUAAUUAAAAUGCGACUUUGGUCGCCUUUCGUGGUAUACAUCGCCAUCUGCGCUUUCUAAAAAAAAAAAAAAAGAAAGAAAAAACAUGUUGGUGUGUACCUCAUAUGUCCAUGUAUUGGGCUACUUCAAUGUGAUAAGUUUAUUUUUAAAGAAAUUGGUGGAAUUCUCAGUAGCGGCACGACUGAAUUAAACAUCUGUCGACCCGUGCUUUAUGCUUCUCUAAAACCAGUUUCCCAGGGUGUAAUUUGCCUGCAAGACGAGGAAAGAUGUGAACUGCUGGCUGGUGUAAAUUCUAGUCUGACUGUUUAACUCCAACCAGCCUGGGAAUGCCCAGAGAUUCAGAAAUAAGGCAUUCUAUUAAUAUCAGUAAAUCGAAAGAGAAACGCAUUAUCCUUUAAUAAGGCGCCCUUGCUGUAGUGUAGUGGAAUUUUCCCUGGAAACAAUAAAAAAAAAAAGGCUUUUGCUUUUUUCUUUGUCUUUCAACCUUCUCGGGAUUGUAUUUAUUUAUAUUUAUGUGGCUGUUUUAUUCCGGCAGAGAAGACAUACAUGUUUUUACAGCCUGUUUUUCAGCGUUCUCGGUUGCUUUUGUUUUUUGGUGGUGAAUACAGAAUGAAUGGUGUGUCACUUUGGCGACAGACUAGAAGCUGUCGCAGAGGCUGAAGGAUCAAGCUUUUGGAAGAUCCCACAAGCUAAUACAAUCAGAGCAGGAGAGAUACGCGUGGGAGAGGAUAUACCAUUCUCUUACAUGGAUGUUCCUGUUCAAAGCCAGAGACGGACCUGGCAGUAAGAGACAAACGAAGAGGGGCCAGGACACCAGGCAAAGGGGAACAGUAAGCUGAUAUACCAUGGACAGGCUUGUCUUCUGUGUGCUGAUGAUUGGCGUGUUGGUGAAGGCUCAUAACUGCCCUGGUCGCUGCAUCUGCCAGAACAUCUCUCCUACCCUGACUUUGCUCUGUGCCAAAACGGGACUCCUGUUUGUGCCGCCCACCAUCGACCGCAAAACCGUGGAGCUCCGCCUGACGGACAACUUCAUCACCGUUAUCCGGAGGAAGGACUUUCUCAACAUGACCAGCCUGGUUCAUCUCACUCUGUCUAGGAACACCAUCAGCCAGAUCAUGCCUCAUGCUUUUGUGGACUUGAGAGCCCUCCGCGCAUUGCACAUGGAUGGUAACCGGCUCAACUCCCUGAAGCACGAGCACUUCAAGGGUCUCGGCAACCUUCGUCACCUCAUUUUGGGUAACAACCAGAUCCACCAUGUGGCUUCUGCCACGUUUGAUGAGUUUCUUGGCACCAUUGAAGACUUGGAUAUCUCGUACAACAACCUAGAGACCCUCCCUUGGGAGGCUAUUGCCAGGAUGACCAACAUCAACACCCUCACGUUGGACCACAAUCUGAUAGAUCAUAUUGAAGAAGGGACCUUCUCUAUGCUUCACAAGCUGGUCAGGCUUGACAUGACUUCGAACCGGCUGCACAAGCUGCCGCCAGACACCCUGUUCCUACGCGCUCAAGUCUUGGCCAAUGCCAAGGCAUCCAACCCUUCCACAUUGACAGUCAGCUUUGGAGGGAACCCCUUACACUGUAACUGCGAGCUACUCUGGCUCAGGAGGCUUACCAGGGAAGAUGACUUGGAGACAUGUGCUUCCCCUGACACCCUAAUGGAUAAAUACUUCUGGUCCAUCCAAGAGGAGGAGUUCAUCUGUGAGCCACCUCUGAUCACCAGACACCAUGCCUCUAAAGCCUAUGUCAUGGAAGGGCAAGGGGUGACCUUGAAGUGCAAAGCCGUUGGUGAUCCAGACCCUUCCAUCCAUUGGAUCUCUCCUGAGGGGAAGCUCAUUCAAAACACCUCCAGGACCGUCCUCUUUGACAACGGAACAUUGGACAUUUUCAUCACCACCCUUAAGGACAGCGGAUCUUUCAGCUGCAUCGCCUCCAACGCUGCCGGGGAAGCGACUGCCCCCGUCGAGGUCAACAUCGUUCCCCUGCCCCUUUUCAUCAACAACACCAGCCACAUGAAGGAGCCCGAUCCUGGCUUGUCUGACAUCACCACCUCGUCCAAAUCGAGCUCCAAUGACACCAAGAACCAAGACAAGAAGGUGGUGGUCGGAGAGCUGACCUCAUCCUCUGUUGUCAUCAGGUGGCCUUCUGAGCGUCACAUCCCUGGCAUCCGCAUGUAUCAGAUCCAAUACAACAGCACCUCUGAUGACACACUGGUUUACAGGAUGAUUCCAUCAACUAGCAAGACCUUCCUAGUGAAUGACUUAGCAGCAGGUCGAGACUAUGACCUUUGUGUCCUAGCUGUCUACGACGAUGGCAUCACCUCUCUGACGGCCACCAGAGUGGUGGGCUGUGUCCAGUUCUCCACUGCUAGUGAGAACAGCCAGUGCAAGUUCAUCCACAGUCAGUUCCUUGGAGGAACCAUGAUCAUCAUCAUUGGAGGCAUCAUAGUGGCUUCUGUCCUGGUCUUCAUCAUCGUUCUGAUGAUCCGUUACAAGGUGUACAACAACCAAGAUGACCACACCUCAGCCAAAGUGAGCAACGUCUGCUCCCAGACCAGCGGCAACCUAGCCGCCCUGCAUCGUUCCUCCUCUAAGCAAGCGGAGGAGAAGAACGAGAUCCGGGCCAAGGAAGCUGCCAACAAAGACUGCAAGGCUGUGGUCUUGAAAGUAGACUGUAAUAAACCAGAGGCUUCCCAGCCCACCACCACUAUCAUCACUGAGGUCCAGUUGCCUCAGGUCCCCAUAGAUGAGAGGCAGACACAGACCAGCAUAGACCUACAGCAAGCAGCAGCUAUCCUAUCUUCAGAGGAGGUCCAUACAGACAGCAGUGUAGCGGGUUCCACCAUGUCACUCUGCUUGAUAGGUUCCUCCAAAGGCAACAAAGAGGCUCCCAAGCUUAGCGAUAAAAAGAGUGCCCUGGUUAAUAUUGCCCUCCUUCCCAGCGACAUUGCAAGAACUCGGCACAGGUUCUCCUUCGAUGGGGACUACUCUUUGUUUCAGAGUAACAGUUACCCCAGAAGGGCAAGGACAAGAAGACACAUGUCCUCUACCCAGCUAAACAUGGACAUGGCUUCUCCUUUUGGGAACCAGAGGGUGAUCUCUAGCAGCACAGAGUGGAUGUUGGAAAGCACGGUUUGAGGCAUUAUGAGACCUCAGACAGAACUCCCCUGGAGCUGAGGAGAAGCAGAUACUGUCUAACGCAGCAGUGCCUUAUUACAACAACUUACCAGUGGGGAAUGCUGCUAGUCAAAUUUCUAUUUUUUAGGUUUUCUUUUUUGUUCCCCUUUUGGGGAUUGAAUAACAGACCCUUUGGAUUUCAGUUUGUUUUUAUAUAUUCACCAUGAUGUUGGAUAACUGGAAAGUGCUGUCUGAUCAUUUCCCCUUUUAUGUAUCAAAUAGCAGGACUGUUUCCACUUGCCACCAGAUUCUGGAGGACUCAUGCACAAAAGACACAAGAUACCACAGACUUAUAUCGCACCCAGUCUAAACAAAAAAAAAAAAAGAUAAAUACAUACCAGUAAAAUAAAUAUAGACUGUAUGAUGUUAUUGAUAUUUAUUGUAUC